AUCUUGCUCCCGUUAGAUUAUUGAGGCUUUUUGGAGGUCUAUCCAUUCUCUUCUUCUUCUCCAAUGGCAUCUUCCAUGCUCUUACAGUCUACAGCCUCUUCUUUACACGGCCAACUUCUACUCCAUACCGCCCGGUUCCCUUGCGUAACUCCUAAACAGAGGACCGGAUCCCUCUCUGUUAGGUCGGAAACUGAAAUAGUUCUGGUGGAUAAGUCGGAAGCGGUGACUGUCCAACGUCUUAAGACCACAUAUCUCGAGAAAAUUGUUCCUGUUCUCAAAGAAGAGUUCUCUUACACCAACAUUCAUCAGGUUCCAAAGAUUGAGAAGAUAGUUGUAAACUGUGGUGUUGGAGAUGCAGCACAGAACUCAAAAGGUUUGGAUGCAGCAGUGAAUGACUUAGCUAUUAUAACAGGUCAGAGGCCUGUGAAAACACGAGCCAAGAAAGCCAUUGCUACCUUUAAGCUUAGAGAAGGCCAACCAAUUGGAAUGGCAGUCACUCUCAGAGGAAAUGUAAUGUAUUCAUUUUUGGAUCGACUUAUCAAUCUGGGGUUGCCUAGGACAAGAGAUUUCCAAGGUGUAAACCCUAACAGCUUUGACGGGCAUGGUAACUAUAGCAUUGGGUUCAAAGAACAAACAGUUUUUCCAGAACUCAGAUUUGAUAUUCUUGGAAAGCCUAGAGGAAUGGAUGUUUGCAUUACAACAACUGCUAAUACAGAUAAAGAAGCCUUUAAACUUCUUGCUCUAAUGGGAAUGCCUUUCCGAGAGGGAGGAGGAGGAAGCAGUGGACCUCAGUUGAAGAAGAAGAAGCUCAAAUCUCACCACUUUGAUUCCAAAUCCAAAACCAAAUCCCGGAGAUAAACUGAUUUAGUUUAUUGUAAGUCGGAAAGGUUCAUUUCCAUUGUUGUAUUUUCUAUUUGUUCUUCUUCUCUUUUUCUUAAGCAGAAAAUUGUUUACUUUUUUAAGUGUAUGAAUUUCAUCAUAGUUUAAUGAAUUGUUGUUAUUUA